AGCUAGCUAGAGGGCGUUAAUAUCAGGCGAUUGCAAGUAAGAGGAGGAGUCGUCCCAUUUCUACAUCAACUUCAAAGUUCGAAGUAAUUUGAGUCGACAUGGACAUAAGAUUCGAUGGGAAAAGGGCAUUAGUCACAGGAGCUGGCAAAGGUAUUGGAAGAGAUAUAGCCAAGACGCUUUCCCAGUGUGGAGCUGAGGUAUUCGCUCUCAGUAGGACCCGAGAAGACCUGGACAGCCUGAAAAAAGAAGUGCCCUCCAUCCACACCAUUUGUGAGGACUUACAGGAUCGCCAGGCAACUAAGGUGGCUGUGGAGAAUAUCGGAGCCAUUGAUCUGCUGGUCAACAAUGCUGCAAUCUGUGUUCUAGAACCAUUUCUUGAAGUCUCUCACGAGCAAUUUACAAAACAAAUGGACAUCAAUGUACGGGCUGCCAUUGAAGUCUCACAGAUUGCAGCUCGGACUAUGGUAGCUCGAAAAAGUGGCGGGUCUAUCGUCAAUCUAUCCAGUCAAGCGUCCCUCGUAGCACUGACCAACCACACAGUGUACUCUGCCACUAAAGCAGCAUUGGAUUCAGUGACCAAGAGCAUGGCCAUGGAACUGGGACCUCAUCAGAUACGGGUGAAUGCUGUCAACCCCACCGUGGUCAACACCCCUAUGUCAUUGGUAGGCUGGUCUGAUCCCAAGAAGGCAGACCCCAUGAAAGCUCGCAUCCCACUGGGCCACUUUGCAGAAUCAAUAGAUGUGGUCAAUGUGGUCCUAUUUCUCUUGAGUGACCGCAGUGCCAUGGUCAAUGGAGCCAUCUUACCAAUCGAUGGGGGUUUCACAGCCUCAGGAAUCUAGGUGACAAACUCUUUAAUGAAGUCACAACAACCAGUUCCGGCACAUCAGAAUCACGUCCAUUAUAUGAUAGAAUCCUUUAACCUAAUGAUGUCCACUUCUACAACUCCCCAUAGCCCUUAUUUUCAACCCAUUCAGAAGAGCAAUAUAGGCCAUUUUUUCAUCAGGUAUUUCCCCGCUGUGACAUUAAAUUAACACAGUUCAUGUUACAAUCAGUGUAGUUAAAGACAUUAUGUUGAAAUUUAAUAUGAAAGUUGGGAAUUUGGAAAUUUUGCAGAAACUCUGAUGUUAUGUGCUUAUUUUGAGACUUAAUCUCUUUGCAGCUGCAUCAUGUGUUUUAAAGUGCUUGAGGAAGCAGUCCGUGUGUCUAGAAAUGAUGUUGGUAUUACAUAUAAUUGCAUCAGUGUUAUCAUAGGGGAGUUUCAUGGAUUGGAAAGACCGGGAGAAAAGAAAGCUAAGAGAAAGGGAAAAAAUCACGGAAUGUUCAAAUGAAGUAAGAGUACCAAGGCACAUGAACAGCAGAAAAUCAUGCACAUAAUUUUGGUGGUUCAGUGGUGUCAUUUUGGAGCAAUUUAAGGAACCAAGAAUUAUGGCGCAACAAAAUUCCAAGCAGUCAUAUUGGAGGAUGAAUGAGAAGGAAUGAGUAUUUAUUGAAUUAAAUUUUUCAUUUCACUUCAGACAGUUUUGUUAAAGAUUAUUGCUCAAAAUCAUCGAGGCUACACGUAUUUUCUGCUAUUUGAAAACUUGUUCAUAAGUUUACUAGUUUCACUUUAACAUGGAUAAUUUUAUGCCAAAAGAUCUGAUUCCCAAAACUCUCUACUAUUUACCUGUCUCAUAAACACCAUGUAGUUUGUUAGGGAAUAGUAUUGAGUUUUUAUGAUUGAAAAAUGUAAUUCAACUUACAUUUUCCUCAAGAAGUUUUCUCAAAGAGAUCCCUUUUCUCUAUUCACAGUUUAAUAAAUCCCUUAAUUUAAAUAUGAAUGGAACAGGGUAAAAAUUUUCACGAGUUUCAUUUAUAAAAUGUAUUGAGCUGGUUUCCAAGUGAUUUCACACACUUUUGUCUAUUUCUACACUAUGUCCAGCAUAUUGAUAGGCUAACAAGACUAUCAUUGUCUUCACUUGUCACAUAGCUUGUUCUCCAUCAAGAGUUGAACAGAGAAUGGAAUUAAGUCAUUAAAAUAUCAGCCGUGUAGGGUUCAA